AUGUCGUCGAACGUACAGCCAACUUCUCAGCCAGGUAAUACUUCAGCCCCAUAUAGCACAUCAACUUCAAUCGGGCGUCCCUAUGUCCCAGCAGAGUCCGACAGCGACCCACCCCACCUAUGCGAGCAGCGCUCCUCACUCACCCACGGCGAAGGCAUGUUCGCACUUGAACAGAUAACCCACGGCCAGCUGAUCUUCCAUGAACGCCCCAUCGUCCGUUUUUCCGAUCCGAAGGCACCACCUCCCGAAAUCUGGGCCGCCUAUAAGGCCCUCAACACCUCCCAUCAACACCACUGGCUUAAUCUCACGGCUCCUGAGAGCAAAGCGGACCGGCUGCGCCUGGCGGAUUUUGCGACAGAAGAAGUCUGGUAUGAUCUCUGUGGGGACGUCCUGGCGAACUAUCUGAACAAUAGCUGGAGAGAUACGGUCUCGCAAGAAUCUUUCCUCGGCGUUCGAGCGUCUCGGUUUAACCACUCUUGUAACCCAAAUGCGGUGUGGGUGAUGAACAGCAUGACCGGUAGGUUCGAAGUCCGCGCAGUGCAAACGAUCGAAGCCGAUGCCGAGAUAUAUCUGUCUUAUGUCCAAAUUUACUGGCCUCGCUGGGCCCGAGUUCGAGAGCUAAGGGACUUCGGGUUCGAGUGUAAUUGCGAUGUGUGCAGCGAUCCGACCGGAGAGGCCGAGCAGUCGCGGUGGCAGAUGUACGAGGCAGAGCAGCAGCUGCGGCAUAUGAAGAAGCCGGUGGACGAGAUCGAAAGGAUCGAUCUGUAUGCUGUGAUGCUUGAUCUGCAAUUGAAGGAGCCUUGUAUGGCACUCUACCAGCUGUUCACGGCAACGUUGCUUGAAUAUUUGUAUCUCGAGCAGGUUAAUUGUGAGCAGGCGGCCUAUGUCAAUGGCGUAGCCCAGCGCGGUGCCGAACUGACCUACGGACGGGAUUUCGAAAUGACGCCCGCGUGGAAGCAAAGGGUCGUUAACUUACUUAUGCUUCCAUGGGCUGAUUCGCUGGAGGGUUGA